UCGUCAAUUUCGUUUCACGCGAUCACAUCGAAAAGAAAUCAGUGAGCUGAACAAGUGUUCUAACCUGUUUACAAGCAAGUCCUGCAACAUGGCUUUCAAAUUUGUUAUACUGGCGGUGGUUCUUGUCGGCCUAGCUGGAGCAACCCCAGCAAACAAACCCGCCUUCUGGGAAGGAACCCCGAUGGAUGGCAUGGUGGAGGAGAUGCGUUCAAUGUGCAGUACAGAUAACGACAGAGGAGCCUGUCUUAAGUACAAAAUAAUGAGCUUCUUGGACACCGUUUUCAAAAAGGAUAACUUUCAGCUCACCGACGAUGUUGAAGUUCAUGGCAACGGAUACACCGGAAAUGGAGCGCGUAGCGCCUCUGGACUAGUCGAUAAUGUUGAGCAGUAUCUGAAAAGUCACGACGUUACCUUCAAGCUUCCUCUUGCUAACGCGAAGGUUACCGUGUCGCCCCGUAAUUUGGACAAUGAAGAACUCAGUUUGACAGUCAACUUCGCCAAGGUUGACAGCGCAAGAAGUGUGGGAGAAGCACGGAAGUCUAAACUGAAAAAGAUCGUAAUCCCAAUCAUGGUGUUCAUUCUUCUGAAGGCCAUGACACUGAUUCCGAUGGCUCUCGGUGUUCUUGGUCUGAAGGCUUGGAACUCGUUGCAGCUCUCAUUCUUCUCGUUCAUCGUUUCCGUUGGAUUGGCAGUUUUCCAGCUGUGUAAAAAGCUGGCUGCUGACAGCCAUCACCCCCAUAUCGCAGCUCACGGUCCUUGGGAUGCCGGCCGUUCGUUUGGUACCGUCGAAGCCGAACCUGAAUAUGCCGGACAGGAUCUGGCGUACAAUGCCUAUGCCUGAAUUCCACUGACACCAAAAACAAACGCUAUCAUUCCCCAUGUUCGAAGUUGGUAGAGCACUCCUAAAUUCGAAACAAUGGGCUUCUCAACGACUGAUUAUGGUACAGUAGUAAUUUAUUUAUUUAUUUAACUUUCCCUCAGAUAUGCGCUGUUGAUGCGAAUACUUCUGUACAAUAAACCCGAACGAAUACAAUCAACCGAUAGUUAACACUA